CAUGGUGACAGGAGGAAAACGGACAAUAAGGAGAUCAGGGCUGAGGAGGAGAGAUGUUUAGGUCUGGUCUUUACAUUCAUUUCCAUCUUAAAGGUCAGCUCCACGCUGUACUUUGUUCUCUUGGUGUUACUGUCUCUCACACACACAAUAGCUCCUUUUUAGAAUUUAUGUUUUGCUUUGAUUUCUAUUUUUAUAAAGCGUAACUGAAACAACUUGCACUUCAAAAUGACUUGUAUGUUAGAACACUGCAAAAAAAAGUUCUGCAAGUCAAUUAAAAUAAUUAUCUCAGAAUUUUGAGUAAAUUUAUUGGAUACAUUUUAUCGCUGUUUUUUCCAACUUGAAGAGAGAAUUAUGAGAAAUUCUCGUGAAUAAAAACAUUUUGCUGAUUUCAAAAUGGUGAGAUAACUUUUUUGUAAAUAAAUAAAAUCUACCUUUUUUCGAAUCAAUGAGAUAAUCUCUUAAAUUCAAGAAAAUAGAGCAGAUUUUUUUCUAAAGUAAAUGCCACACGCUUCCAUACUCUCAUGUGGCUUGUUGCUUAUUGAUCUUAAAAAUCUGAGCUGAUAAAAGAAAAAAAUAUUUUAAAAGAGUAAAUGAUUUGAAAAUGACUUAUUUGCCUUUAAGUAUGUUUGUUCACCCCUUUUUUCCGCCUGUAUGGUUCCUUCUCCAAACCUCACACAACAGUUAAUUUUUUGUUUGUUUUCAAAGAAUCAAGUGAUAAAAUCCUGCUCAAACAUGAACUUUGUCUCUUUGUUUUGGUUUGGUGUUAAUAACAAGCAAUAAUCAACCAAGAAGAUCUGAAUUAUUAGUGCAGACAGUGAAGUCAAAGUGAAUUAAGGCGAGAUGCUUCAGAAACCCCCUCCUCCUACACCCAUUAUCCAGCCCCUCCCUGCAAAGAGCCGCACACACAUACACACAAAUGUGUAUAUAUGUGACACACCUCCACCAUCCCAGUCCCACAGUAGCCAAUUAAAUGAGAGCGACUCAAUUUUAGCACCAACACCCAGCUCACGUCACUGGGUCCCCCCCUCCUCUCCUCUUCUCUGCCCCCUCUGUGUGUGCACAAAUCUAUGGGUCUGCAUGCCUGACAGGAUAAAUCCAGCCUCCCCCCAUACUCUCUCUUUCUCUGUAACUCUGUCACUCACUCACACACACACCCACCCAUACACACACAGGUGCUGCUCAUUGGCAAGCCGAACUCUCACACACACACAUUCAAAACACACAAAUUCAACUGAGGGGUAUUAGUCGGUCCUCUUUUCUGGUGCUGAGGAACUUGACAUUUUGCCUUCAUGGAGGAUUACCACAAACCUGACCAGCAGACAGUGCAGGCGCUGAGGAACAUCGCCAACCGCCUCCGAAUCCACUGCAUCAAGGCAACAACUGCAGCAGGCAGUGGGUGAGUCUCCCAGAUCACUCCCAGAUAUUAAAUUUAUGGCUGAGCAGGCAAAGUGCACAAAGAAAGCCUGUGUGCGAACAGUUUACACACCGCAUACUUCUGUGCACCAUGCAUAGAGCCCCAAUGCCAACACUUUUUCAACAAGCCACAUGCAUGCAUGCACAGACACACUGGCAGACAUGCAAUGUGUGCAAGUGAAGGGCCAAAGGAACAGCAUGUCCUGCCUUUGUUCUCCUCCUUUAGUCCACUGAGUCAUUUGAGCAUCCACGGGGCUUCUGUAAUUAGCUGGCUUUGCAUUUUUACAUUUGAAAUAGACGCGUUAAAUAACUACAUUAUAUAAUGUGACCUUUUUUGAAAUGUUAAAAGUUCAUGAAAUGUAAAUGUUGCAGACAUUUUGAAUUACUUUGUUUUCCUUUUAAGGGUAGAGCACUUUACUCUCAGACUGAAAGACGCUUAAAUAAAACUGAAAUAAAAAGCAAAUAAUAUUCACACAACUGGAUUUUCACAUGCUAAAGAAGGAAGGAAGGAUGGCUUAAAAUGCAAAGGGAUAGAUUUUGAGUGCAUUUAAGUUAUUUUAAACUGUAUCAGAACUUGGUUUGAUACAAUGUUACUUCAUUUCCAGCUUUGUGAAGGUGCGAUCCUCAUGUGCAGUGAUGGGCACAAAAGACCAUGCAUGACGCUGAAUGGGUUGCGUGUUGCAGACGGACUUGCGCACUAUAGGGCUGCUGCAUGAAGAUGAUUUUUUCAGUGUUUUUAAAAACUUAAUUUUAACUUUUAUGUUGUUUUAAUGGACGUCUUCUAGAUUGCUGUUGCAUUUGUGGAAUCAAAUCAUAAAAUUGUAAGAAUUCUCUUUGAAGAUGAGUUAAAUAAUAGAUUUUAACCCACGAGAGUUAUCAAUAUUUGAGCAGAUAUGUGAACUGAACUGUCUCUUUCUUUGAAUAUAAAAGUUAAGGUUUUAUUGUUCAUUUUUCAUAAUUUAACUGACUCUAUUGAGAACAAAGAGACUGAAACGUAAAGCCAUUUUGGAAAAAAAAAAAAAAAAAAAAGAAGUUAUAUAACCUAGAAAAUUCUGCCCUCUGAGAACUAAGGCCUAUGCUAGAAAACCAAACAACUUUUUAAAGUGAUGUAACUUUUUACUUACUUAUGAAAUUGAACAAAUAGGAAAGGUCGUUUGCUUUUUGUAAAUGUUAGGGCAGCAAAUACUUCCAAUGUUUACAGGUUUUGGUGAUUCGGUAAGAAGUGCUUGGUUGUACAGUAGUAGAUGUAUGAAAGUUUUACAUUUAACAUUGAAAAGAAAAUGUUAUAGCGCUGUAUAUUCACUCACUGAAGGCCUUUGUUUGCAGCACACAGCAUGCUCUUUGUGGUGCUCUUUGACUGGGUCUAAUAGUAACACAGGUUGUCUUAAUACAGAGAAUCUGAAUUCUUUUGAAAGCACUGACUGCUCCAACAUGAAAUCAUUGGGAUUCUCUGAAUUUCUGGGACUUUUUACAUCUACAGCAGGUUUUUGAUGAUAAACAGGGUACUCUGGUUGUAUUCCACACCUUUAACUGGCAUUGGCGUGUAAAUCUAAGGCUGCACUGCUGCAUCCUAAAACUCACAAAACAGUCAAGUGAUUCUAGUCAAAAGGUUGCAUAGUUUCAUUUUAAGUUACUUCAAUUUAUCCCAUGUGAAUGUUUUCACGCUACUCUGGAGUCAUAACAUCAUAGUACUCUGAUUCUGAAGUAUUUGCACUCAACCUAAAAUCUGCUCUGAGGUAGUCCUUGUUUCGGCUGUGAGCAUGUGUAAGCUCUCUUUGCACGCUUCCUUUGUUUUGCAGACACCCGACAUCAUGCUGCAGUGUGGCAGAGAUCAUGUCGGUGCUUUUCUUCCACACCAUGAGAUACCGCUACGAUGACCCGCGCAACUUCAACAACGACCGCUUCAUCCUGUCCAAGGUCAGGCUCUCUCACUCAGCUGUCCUGGUCUUCUUUUCACAUUCUUUUUGCUACCCAGAAUUUAAACAUUUCAAUUUAAUUAAUUCAUUAUGAUUGUUUGAUCGAUUGUCCUUUUUCACAGGGCCAUGCUGCUCCGGCCCUGUACUCCAUGUGGGUUGAGGCCGGUUUUCUGAAGGAGAAUGACAUGCUCAGUAUGUGUCACGUGGACUCCUCUAUGGAUGUUCACUCAACCCAUGUAAGCUCUAACAUACUAUCACACAUACACAUGGCUUAUUAUUUGGCAUAGCACACGCAGCCUGAUUAAUGUGUUCUUUUAAUAAAUCUAUCAUAUUACAAACAUUUCAGAAGCAUCAGUUUAUGGAUUUGGCCACUGGAUCCUUGGGGCAAGGUCUAGGUGUGGCCUGUGGGAUGGCUUACACUGGGAAAUACUUCGACAAGUCCAGGUAAUCCCUCACACAUGAUAAAAUGCACACACACACUAAUACAAAAAAAAACCAUGAAUGUUCAUUCCUGAUUUAAAAAAAAUAAAAAAUCUGACUUUUCUUUCCAAUACACAGAUGUUGAGUUUCAGGGUUUCUCAGUUUUCCUCAUUUUGGGUCUGUGUGAUGCAGCGUUACGGGUUUUCUGAAUCUGUGGGCGUGUGCUGCAGCUACAAGCUCUGCUCUCCUGAUUCUUCUGCUCUAAUAAUCACAGAGCCCAGCAGUUUUAUUGCAGUUAUCCCCCCCAUCCAAGCAGAUUUAAUUUCACAAUCAAAUUCAGGCUAUGUGCUUUCAACCAUGUAUGCAUCGAGUCUAUCUCUCUAAUAUAUCAUCCCAUUAUGAUUCCAGUUUUUAUCAAUGUUUCUGUUCACAAAAAUGCAAAAAAAAUAUAAAUCAAAACAUAUUUUGGACUUAAUAGUAUCAUCUGGCCCCAUAAGAAAGGAUAAAUAUUGAUAUUAAUCGUCCUUUUUCAAACACGCUGAAGAUUUCCCCCUUAAAUGAAUGUUGUUCUCAUGUGAGACCUGUUUCAAAAGAAGGUGUGAAGCCCAGCCUAUGUCUCCAGGGGCCUCAGGAGGGCCUCCUGUCACAGCUGCUUACAGUCUGAACAGUCAAACGCCGGAAAGAGAAUCAGUCUGACUGGAAAAGUGUCAGAGAGCAUUUUCACAAGAUUUCCCUCCUCUUGAAAGCACAACACCCCUCCCCUAAUUUCAGCCUACACCUCACACGCGAUGUCACACUCGCAUAUACCCUCGCACUUACUGUACGAUUCUGUGUGUUCCUCACCUCAGUUACCGCGUGUACUGUCUGCUGGGGGAUGGGGAGAUGUCGGAGGGCGCUGUCUGGGAGGCCAUGAUGUUCGCUUCCUACUACCAGCUCGACAACCUGGUGGCCAUCAUGGACAUUAACCGUCUGGGCCAAAGUGACUCUGCACCCCUGCAGCAUCACGUGGAGAAGUACCAGAAGCGCUGCGAAGCUUUUGGGUAAAUGUGCAUCCAGUAGGAAGACUGUAAAAGUGUGGGCUUUCUACUCAUUACACAAAAUGCAUUGUUUGACUCCAUCUAUAGCAAUUACAGUGAAUAUUUUCCUUGUGUCCAUGUUAAUAUAGGACACAGUGCAGAGUGUGUUAAUGCAUGGCUUUUCUAUGCUUGUUUAGCUGGCAUGCCAUUAUUGUGGAUGGACACAGUGUGGAGGAGCUUUGCAAAGCUCUUAGCCAGGCCCGCCAUCAACCCACCGCCAUCAUUGCAAAGACCACCAAGGGCAAAGGCAUCCCAGGUAAAACAUCAUCUGUGGCUGCCCGCUCUUCAAAACUCCAGGCAGUUUGCAAAGGCCUACAGUGCCAUCUCCCUCCAGUGAUCAAAUCUGUGACACCAUAUCUGUGUGGUUUCAGCCGCGGAGGAUAAGCUCGGAUGGCAUGCCAAACCUCUGCCUAAAGACAUGGCCGAGAUGGUGAUGAAGGAUCUGCAGAGCCGCAUCCUGAACAGCAACAAGCACCUGUACCCUCCUGCUCCGAUGGAGGACUCCCCACCCGUCAGCCUGAGGAACAUCAGAAUGCCAAGUGCACCCAACUACAAGGCUGGAGAAAAGGUUUGACAUCAUCCAAUCUCUAAAUUGUUUCCUAACAAAUCACUGAACGACUCUGGAGAAUAAUCCCACAGGUUUGUUUAGUGUCAGUUCCUUCAAAGAUUUAUUUUCUGUACAGAUCUCUACACGGAAGGCAUACGGGGUGGCACUGGCCAAGUUGGGCCGCUACAAUGACCGAGUUGUGGCUCUUGAUGGAGACACCAACAACCUUACCUACUCAGACAUCUUUAAGAAUGAGCAUCCAAACCGCUUUGUGGAGUGCUACAUUGCUCAGCAGAACAUGGUGAGAUCUCAGAUGAAGCUGCAAUAAAGCCCACGUUACAAAACUCACAAACCCUAUUGUUGAUACAUGUCCCUAAUCUUAAAGAGGGAAAUAUUGUUGACAUGAGAAUGACCAAACACAAAUCUCUUGCCUUCACUCAUCAGUAUUGAGUUAAUUGCACAGAUCCUAAAGCAAUGAUACAUUAAGAGGCACUCACAGUUUCAGGGCUGCAGGUAGGGGUGAGCAAUACACUGAAAAUAUCAAGCAUGCCACUCAUUUUGCAAAAACAAACCAGAUUCCACUUACAAUCAAUGAAGAGGAUCAUACCUGGCAGUAUAGAGUAUUGGCCAUGCACAUUGAAAAACCAAGUAGUGUUAAACAAUAUAACGAGCCGACUGAGCGUAACUGCUUGCAUUGAUAAAAACUAGCAAACAAACAGCAACAGAAGAUGAAACAAAAAUGCCACCAGUCUUAAAGUCAAUGGAUUUGAUUGGUAGAUUGGAUCAACCUCAAGUUUAUGAAGGUGCUUUGGCCUUAAGAUAAUGUUGCUCAAAAGAUGCCACUCCACAGGGUGUGUCAAAAAAAGGUUACCAUAAAGACAGGCUGAACACCUGACUUGUUUCACCAUCUGUGCAUUAACCACCACACAUAUAAAGAAUAUGAAAGUCUCUGUCAUCAUGACUGACCUGCCAAGGUACCGACAACACAAAAACACACAGAUCUCAAUACGUUUCGGUGAUUUUGUAUUAGCUUCAGACCUGUUUUCUUAAAUCAGUUGUUUUGGUCAAUAUCAUUGAAUUUUAAAUAUAAUGGAAAAAGAGGGUCAGUGCAAUUCAAGGCUUUUACAGACACAUUUUUAAAGGGAUGGAAAAUUUGACACAAUAUAAUUGGCAGAAGCCUCAGAAAUAUCCAGAUGUUGUUUUUAUCAUUAUAAGUGUACAUGAUAGGAAUUAAUCAAUUCAUUUAAACCCAUUCACUUGUAGGCUUACUAAUCUAGUAUCUUUUUUGUGUUGUUUACCAAGUUGUAGUAGUUCAUACUCAUAGUUAAUAGGCUGAUAUGGGCUAUAAGUCAUGCAAGAGCAAAAUAAUCAUUUCCCAAAUAGACAAAUGUAACUGAGACUCACUUAAACACAUUCUCAGUUAACCUCACUAUGCAAAGAAAACUACUACUACGAUUUGUCCACAUAUUUAAAAUAUUUUGUACUUGGCAAUUACCUUUAAAUAGGAGAAAUGGUCAUGAUAGGAGAGGGCAAGUGAAAAGAUCCUUGAGGAAGACACAAGCAAUACACCCACGGGAUCAGUGAAGCUUUACUUACAGAUCACUGAACAAUCAAACUACACCUAAUGGGUGUAAACUGCAAUGUGUUCUUUAUUUGUGUCACUCACUGUUUUACCUUACUGACAAAUACAAGUGCACUUACCGACAGCCUAUAUAACAAAAAAUAAGAAAAAAAUCACCCUGUAACAAAUGAGAAUGAAGUGAAAUACAGCAAUCUUAUCUGACGCAAACUCGUUGUCAUCGCUACAUGACGUUUGUAGUAUUUUUUGAUUAAUAUUAUUGACCAGGAACAAAAAAAAGAAGAAAAAAAAGACCCCAUGAUGAGGUAAUUUUGCUGAGUAAAAGGUUCAGCCUCCAUGCUGAUUGUAUAGGCUGUAUGAGUCUGCAUCUGGGUUAUUUAAAUAUUUAUACGUCUAUCCAUUAUGUACAGAUGAAGAAGACGCAAUACAUCCUCCUCCUUAUAGUCCGCGCAGCUGCUGAGACCAGCAGUUCAGGCAGCACAAUUCUAUUGUCUCUGUCAUUACUUUACCUCAGCUCAGAUGAAUAAUUUGGAGGAACAGACGUCAAUUCCUUGUGAGGUUGUGACUCCAGUAGAGGCCGAUGUAGGUCAGCCAUGUGUAUGGUGAUGAUGAGCAGUCUGGACAAGUGUAUUCAGAGGUGAAAUAUUAAUAAGCACAGAAGGGUGGGGCCAUCUGGCUCAAUGCAUAAGAAGAGUCAAAAGUUGAAGGUCUACAUUUGGGUGGCUUGCAGGAAAAAGCGCUUGGCAUUUAAAAUACUAAAAUAAUUUACCACAUGUAUUGCAUUUAGAUAGCCUUUAAUAUUAUUGUUUUUUAGAUAAAACAUCCACCAGCCAAGCUUUUAAAAGAGCAUUUUGUUUUCUUUGAUUGUAUCGGCAAGAAUUUAUCUAAUAUACAUUUGUGCUUUCAUGGAUUUUGUAGAUAUUGCUUUUUGAAAAGCAUGAUAGAAAGCCGUAGGAUUGUCCAGAGUUUGGUAGCUGGAGGAAAGGAAAUGAUUUUUAAGAGGAGGCAUGCCGCUGAUCUUCCCAUAUGGGAAAAUAAGCUCUGGGGAUUUGGAGAAAACCCUUAUCCGUUACUGUCUACUAAAUGUGGUCUGAUGUUCACAAAAGGCCUCCAAUACGGUUUACAUUGCAGAUGUUUGACCCUCGGAGUGAUCUUUUUGGGUUCAGAAAUAUCUGGGUUUGUAUCUUCUGUACUCCUAUAUAUGUACUCAGAAAUAUACAUUUAUUUUCCAGGUCAGCGUUGCUAUGGGCUGUGCCGCUCGUGAAAGGAACGUUGUGUUUGCCAGCACCCUGGCGUCCUUUUUCACCCGAGCCUACGACCAGCUCCGCAUGGCAGCCAUCUCUGAGAGCAACAUCAACGUGUGCGGCUCCCACUGUGGCCUGUCCACUGGUAUGUAAACUGUUCACGCCAACCCCUGUCAUGCACCAUGUCCAGCCACACCUUCACUUAAAUCCCCUUAUUCCCUCACAAUGAAGCCAGACAUUUUUUUGCACUAGCCUUAAUGUUAACAAAAAGUGAUCUGUGUGUGUUUGUUAGUGUUGAAUUCCUCUCUUUCCCUUUUAAUCCUGUUCUCCUGACUCCCUCUGGCCUUACAGCUAGUUCUCACUCCCCCCCUUUUCCUCCCUUCCUGUCUGUCCCGGAAGCUGUCAGCAGGGAUGCAGGUGUCCCUCUGUUAGUGCAGGUAUACUGCAUGUACAGUCUGGCUUUAUGUCUGUAAAUCUGCAUGCAUCAGCUCACCUGACCACACAAUAACUAAUGAAACUAUUCUGAAUGUUACAUCUACGACACUAAACAAAAAUGUGCCUCCCGCAGGAGAGGAAGGCCCCUCUCUGAUGGGCUUGGAGGAUGUGGCGAUGUUCAGGGCUCUUCCUACAGCCACCAUCUUCUACCCCUGUGAUGGAGUGUCUACAGAAAAGGCCGUGGAGCUAGCUGCAUCCACAAAGGUAAACCCCAAAUCCGUGUGUUCGGUCCUUGAGAAUAGUUUUGCUUUCAAAAAGUCCUAAAAUGGUCGUCAUGUUCCUCCUCAUACAGGGUGUUUGCUACAUCCGAACUAGCCGCCAAGACUGCGCCAUCAUCUACAACAGCAAUGAGGACUUCCAUGUUGGACAGGCUAAGGUGGGACAGACAGUUAGACACUCAGAUGAAAACAAGAAAACGCAAAUCUAUCAACCAAGAAAUGAGCUCUGUUGUUCUGCAGUAGGUAACAGACAACUACACGUUUCCUUUUCCAGGUGGUGUACCAGAGCAAAGAGGACCAGGUGACUGUGGUUGCAGCUGGAGUGGCUCUGCAUGAGGCCCUGGCUGCAGCUGAUCACCUAAAGAAAGGUAGAGUACAACAAAUAUCACUUUUGGCAAUGGGAGAAUUGGGGAUUGGAUGUUUUGUUUUUAUGACUGAACAGUUUCUCCUUAGACUCCUUUGGCAUCCCAACCUUUUGCAAUACCUUUGCUUACCUAGAUGGUGCCUACUUGAUCUGUUGAGAUACCUGAAUUAGCUGUUAUUUUGACAUUAUUGACACUAUUUUAGACAUCCUUUGUGUAAAAAUCACUCAACAUAAACAUUUUGCCUGUAGAGCCACGAUUGCAUGUGCUACUUAAGAGAUUUCAUUAAAAGUACAACCUUAAACACUGGGGUUUUUACCUGCCUUUCCAGAGAGGAUCCCCAUCAGGGUCAUUGACCCCUUCACCAUCAAACCUCUGGAUGUGAAAACCAUCAUGGACCACACACGGGCCACCAGAGGACGCAUCAUCACUGUGGAGGACCACUACUAUGAAGGUAAGUCUGCAUUUAAGUCGCUCAUACCGUUCAGCAUCUUCAUUAUUUAUCACCACCGCCGACCCAGCAGCAACAAGCUCCUCAGCGUGAUGCAGCCAGAGCCCUGCCAUUGGUCCGCAUCCUCGGGUGUGUUGCGGUGGCAGGUUCUCAUUGGCCCGGCGAGAGAGAUGCAGUGCGGUGGCAUCAGCUCAUUGGCUGAGGGGAGGUUGACUGUUGAGUGCAGUUAAGGUAUUGGUUUUGUGGUGCAUUUUUGUGAGUGUGAGAGUCAGGGAGGCAGAGUGCUGUCAGAUUUCCUUAACUGAGCGUGUGCCUGUAGGGCUCACUGUGACCUAGAUAGCACGGACAGCCAGGCCCCGUGCGUGUGUGUGUGUGUGUGUGUGUGUGUGUGUGUGUGUGUGUGUGUGUGUGUGUGUGUGUGUGUGUGUGUGUGUGUGUGUGUGUGUGUGUGUGUGUGUGUGUGUGUGAGGGAGAGAGGGGAUGGGUGAUGGCAUCGAGAUCACAAGACAAAGAGUACCGGGCAUCAGUCGGAUGUUGUGGUAUUUUGUUCAGUGUACAUCUGGAUCAGUAGCAACAUCUUUACAUCAAAAUUUUCUGAAACGGUAUCAUGUCCUCUUCUUUUAGUGAGUGUGUAUACUGUAAGUUAUGCAUUCAUGCCUAUUUAGACCCUAAUUCUUCUCCAUUUUUAAAGAAAUCCAGUGUCUUACAUAGUUGAGAGACCAGAUAUAUUUUCAAACUACUAAAUCGAAACCGAUGGAUUUUUUUUUAAAGUGACUGAGUAUUUUGUGAGGCACAUUAAAGAUAAAAUAGGUUAUUAAAUAUAAAUUCAAUCACAGGUCUGAGGACUAAGUUUGGUCCCUUAUUUAUAUAUCACCUUAUCGUGUUGUUUCUGUCACACUGCUGCCAAAUAAAAUAAACAACAAAAUAAAAAAAUUUAAAAAAACAAUAUAUGUGUUAGCUAUUUGAAAGAUGUGAAAUUGGUUGAGAUGUGUCGUUGGUCCUUUUUUUAAUCAUUGGAAAUAUUUAAAAAGUUCAGUAACACAGUAACUAUUAAAAUAAUAUCGGUUAUUCUGUGUAUUUUUGAGUAUUUUGUGAGGCACAAUAUAUAUAAAAUGCAUAUUAAAUAUGAACUCAAUCACAGGUGUGAGGCUAAGUUUGGUCCCUUAUUUAUAUAUCACUUUAUCGUGUUAUUUCUGUCACACUGCUGCUAAAUAAAUUAAACGACAAAAAUAAAAAAUAAAAAAAACAAUGUAUGUAUUUGAAAGAUGUGAAAAUGGUUGAGCUGUGUCAUUGGUCAUUUUUUUAAUAAUUGCAAAUAUUUUAAAGGUUCAGUAACACAAUAACUUUUACAAUGACAGCGAUUAUUUUGUGUAUUUUUUAGUAUUUUCUGGUUUGGACCAACCAAGCAUCGUCAUUAACGCUAAUUCUCAUUUCAUAUUGUUUCAGUUUCACCAGAAAAUUGAUUUUCUGUAGAAAAUAAAUAAAUCACAAUAAAAAAUUAUGAUUGAUUACCAUCCUAUUCAAAAUAGUUACAAAUACGAUCCACCUCAGCUUUGCCAAGAGAGAAGACAUCUCCCUGUUUGACCUGACAGUCGAAUGCUAAUUCUACCUGAGGUUGUGCUUUUUCUUUGUCAAAACAUUAAACAUCCGUUUUUGAAGGUGCUCUUUGAACAAGGUUAUUGUAUUACUAUGAGUGCAUGAGUACAGAUAAAAUAUGAGGGAUGAUUUUAGUUUAUUUUCUUGUAAUACUAUGAGUGUUUUUUCCACAGGUGGUCUGGGGGAGGCAGUUGCCACAGCUAUGGUCAAUGAGUCUGGCUUCAAUCUGCAUCGUCUGGCUGUAUCCCACGUCCCCCGCUGUGGCAAACCCCACGAGCUGCUCAAGAUCUAUGGCAUUGAUCGUGAUGCCAUCGCACAGGCCGUCCGCAAGAUGCUCAGCAGCUCCACCAACGCAAAGUAACCUCCCCCUCCCGCCCCACCCAUCUGACCUGUACGAUCACGCCCCUGCAGUUGCAGAUUACAGUUGAGUAUGUUUUUGAUUCACACAACACCCAGCUCUUUUUAAGAAAAAACGCCCUCACCGUGAAAGCCCCUAAGUGUGUACUAAAGUAUUGUGAUUUUGUGCUGUACACUUUGAAGUAGAUUUCCACUUUUGACCCUUUUUUCUUGCAUUUCUCACUUCACACAAAUGGACAGACGCACAUAUCCUCAUCAUUCAGUGAUCAAAAUGUGGCCGUUAUAACUAUACUAUGUGAUGCUCUCGUGUGUUUUUUAAAAGCUUUGAUUCAUUUAGUUAGAAGCAUUUUUAUAUUGUAGCCCUUAAUGAACUGGGUGGGGCUUUGCUUAUGAGUAAGUGUUUAUCAUGACCACAGCGUCAGAAGGAAACCAUCUGAGUUGUUGUUUUGUAGAAAGUAGUGGAAAGUAAAAAAAAUCAAACAAAUGUAGCAGGUCAUUAAGAGCAGUCACUUAAAAUCACAUCUUCAGACUAUGUAAACUGUUGUGCUCUCAAUUGUUGUAGCAUUUCUCUUCAGCACUGUAUGUUUCUGAUUCUUAAGUUACCACCAACCCACACCCCUUUAUGUUCAUUUGUGCUAACUGUACAACUGGACUGUACAAACAGUGAUAUGAUAGUAGUGCUGUCAUCAGCUUAAACAGUAGGUCAACAUAAGGUGGAGGCCUGUAAGUGCUGGAGACUGGAGAAAAUGACUGUCAGUGAGUGUGAAGGUUGAGUUACAUCUGACUUGUGAACCCAAGAACAAACACUUGCUUUGUUAUUUGAAAUUUUGUAUGUACCUUACUUUCAUGUAAUAAAGCCCUCUGCAUUUGAAACUGUCUGGUUGCAA